CAUUGACGUGACAAAGUAAAUCCUACUCUUUUGAGUGCAUUGUAAUAUUGGAAGAUACGAAACUAGGCUGCUCUGUCUGCGUAGUUAUUUUGUAGCUUUGAUGAGGGAGCCAUGAACAUGUUAUGGUAUAAACAAAAGCAACACAUUCGUCCGUUACUGAAAUCGAGUCUUGGGCAAACAUAGAGGUGCUAUGACCCUCCCCCUGCACGCACUGCGGUGACAGUUACAGUAGCCAUGGCCUUGGAAUUAAUCCAGCAAUUUGAGAUCCUAAUUUGAGGUCGGGAGGCACGUAAUGGUAGGUGGUCAGCGUGCAUAUGAUUUUGUAGCUCUUAUGAGGGAGACAGUAAAUAUUUGGAUGAAACAAAAACACCUUCUCCCCUUACCGAAAUCACGUCUGAGGUGCGCACCCCUCCCCCUCUCUCUCCACGCGCUGUGAGCCGAGGUACACAAGUCACCAUUAGCAGAGUAAUGGACGUGACAAAAUGAAACAGCCCAUUAUUCAUGAAUAAUCUAUGUACUAGUGUACUCUUAUUAGUAGCCUAAUACAAGAUCGGGAGGCUGGGAAUAUCAGGUGCUCAAUGUAUUUAUUAUUUGUAGCUUUUAUGAGGGAGAGAGUACAUAGUGGAACAUGUAUUAUAACCAAAACAAACGCAUCCCUCCCCCAUCACUGAAAUCAUGUCUUGGGCCAACGUAGUUGAUCUGAGGUGUGCUAAAUGCACUCCUCCCCCUACACACUGUGUGCUACAGCCUGCACUGUAUUGUCUGGCUGCACCUAAGCAACCAAUCAUAUGUUUGUCCAUACUUUUCAGAUAGUCAGGUUUUAAUAGGUCAAAUGGAAUGUCUCUCCUCCUUAUAAAAAAAGUGUAAAUGCACACCCAGUGACUGAGAACUGUUGUAACAUGAUGUUGAAUGUUUGUUAUUCAUACUAUAUUGCAGGCUGUUGGUGGUGCUGAGGCAGAUCCUCUGAUAGACGAAAUGCCAGUCGAAAUGUCAACUCCUGGGAAGGACCCUGGCUAUUCAUCCUACCAUGACGUUGGAAUGCCUUUGGUUCUUACCACCCCAGAAGGUGCUCCCAAAUCCAGGAAGUCCCUAUCUGGCAUAUAUCUUGCCUACCCUGCCAUAGGGGAAAAAUCUACUUCAGCUUCUGAAGAAUUACACACCGAGAUGGCAGUAUUGGACACCAGCAUGACUUCGGCCUUCAGUGAUGAUGAGAGAGAUAUGACUUUUAGCCUAUCCAGCCAAAAAUCCACCACUAGCACUGCAUCCAGUUCUCUGUCAAGUCCUUUGGAAACACAGUCAGACUGGGAUGAAAGGAAAUGGAUUGUCAAUGAGUCACAUCUCAUGAAGCUAUUCAGGACCUGUCACAAGUGUGGUGUAGCAAUCGCUGAGAAAAAAGUCAUCAGAUUGGGAAGCCAAAUUAAAGUGGAGUGGACCUGUCUGAACUCGCACUCUGAAAGGUGGACAUCAUGCCCAGAUGCUCAAGGAAUGGGACAGAAUAACCUUCUGAUACCAGCAGCUGUUCUGUUUACUGGUACAACUUUCACAGAAAUCAACCAGUGGGCCAGAAUGUUGAAUUUACAGCUCCCGAAGAAGACCCAGUUCUAUGAUGUCCAAAAGAAGUACUUGUUUCCUGUGAUCCAUAAGGCUUAUGAGGAACAGCAACAGAACCUCAUUCAACAGGUCAUGCAGUUGAAAGCAGAUGGCAAUGCAAUUGAACUGAGCGGAGAUGCCAGAUCUGACUCACCAGGUCACAGCUCCAAAUACUCAACAUACUCCUUCCAGCUACUAUCAACAAACGAGAUCAUUCAUUUUGAGUUACUACAGGUGACUGAAGCCAGCAGUUCGGUUGCCAUGGAGCCACAAGGCUUUAGGAGGGGACUCAAUGGUCUGCUGUACACAGAGGGCCUCAGCAUUGACCUCAUCGCCACGGACCGGUCCCCAUCCAUAAGAAAAAUUAUGAGAGAGGAAUUCCCACAAAUCCGCCACGAGUUUGAUCCUUGGCAUGUGGCAAAAGGCAUCCUGAAGAAACUCAUGCCACUUGCCAACAAAAAGGACAAUCGUCUUCUUCAGGGCUGGAUACGAUCAAUAUUAAACCAUUUUUGGUUUUGCUGCUCCACUUGCGAAGGGAGUGCAGAGCAACUGGUGCAGCGGUGGACUUCACUGCUACAUCACAUUUGUGGGGAACACGAAUGGGAAGAAGAUGGUGUGAAGAGGAGGUGCUACCACGCUCCUCUAAGCCUGGAUGACCAACUGAGGAGGGAUUGGCUUCAACCCGAGUCCCAGGUCUUCAAAGCUCUACAAGCAAUCGUUGAGGACAAAAGGCUUCUGAAAGACCUGCAGCAGUUGACUCACUUCAAACAUACUGGGGCUUUGGAGGUUUUCCACAGCGCCAUGCUGAAUUACUUGCCCAAACGCCUGCAUUUCCAGUAUGAGAGUAUGGUCGCCCGCACCAAACUUGCUGUCAUGGACAACAACUUCAAUGUUGGCAGAGAGCAGGCAGUAACUGCAGAAGGAGCUCCAAGAUUCAGUCAAGAAUUUAAAAAACACAGCAAGGACUGGAUAGUAAGGAAAAUCUACGAGCCAACCUCACAGGCCUUCACCACUGCCCUUAUUGAAGAUGUGUUGGAAAGAAGAGAGAAGAAGGAAGCGUCGGAAGACCAAACACAUUUCAAGCGGCCCCAGAACAUUGCGUCUAAGCCCAAACCCCCUAAAGAGGACGCUAUCAAGAAGCACCAAAGCAGGUUCCAGAAAGAUUGAUGGACAAAAUCUUCAUGGGGCAAUGGAGGACACGUUUCUUAUCAGAGAAAUAAUGUAAAUUUACUUGUGAUACUAAUGAUGUGUACAUGUUAUUACUUCUUUAGAAAGACAGUUGUAAAUAAAAAACGUUUUCAACACAUUGUAAU